UUAAAUUUAUUUACAAGACACGUAACCAAAACUCGUGAAAUAUGUUAUGUUAAAAUAAGUUUUGAGUCAUCAAAGUACGACUCACGUGACUUGAUCUCAUCUAAGCCUCUUUAUAUAAAUCUGUAGUAGCUCAGUCCUCAAACUCCACACUAUAAUCGCAUUAUCUGUUUUUUCUGAUCAAUAAGUAGAAGAAGAUGGCCACGUCAGCGCUCAACCCAAACGCGCCAAUAUUCGUGCCGACGGCGUACCGCGCGGUGGAGGAUUUUUCCGACCAGUGGUGGGACCUCGUCCAGUCCUCACCCUGGUUCCGCGACUACUGGCUCCAGGAGUGCUUCUCAGAUCCCCAAAUCGCCCCGCCCUUCUCCGAUAUCGCCGGCGCCACCCAGGACGGCGUCGAAUCGGACGGAAACGCCGCGUCGAAAGAGCGGGGAGGCGGCGCAGAUCUGGUGGCGCUGGGGUGGUUGAAGUGGCGGCGGCCGCGCGGAGGGCCGGAGGCGGCGCCUAGGUACCGUGAGAAAGCGCCGAAGUUCGUAAGUGCGAGGGUCAGCCCGAGGCCGAUUCAGCAGCCGCGUUAGACCGGGCCGGGUUAUCGACCCAGUGUGAGUUGAGCGUGUUCAGGAGCUUCUGUUUUGUAUAUGUUUUUUUCUUUUUUUCCAAAUUCCCCAGUAAUUUUGUUAAUUUCAGCUUCAAACUUCCAGUUGUGUACUCGUGUUAUAAUUGUAUACGCGCUUUUAUGUGGAUAAUGGAGUAAUAAAGUCGCGAUUUUAGAGACAAACGCACCUUUUUUUUUUUAAUGAGAAAAAACAUUAUGCUUCAAUUCCUUAUCAUAUCACCUAUGAAUUGUUUUGGAGAAGCUACAAUGAAGUGCCUCCUGAUCUAAACGAGCCUAAGCGAGUUUGAGUUCCUGAUACUUGAACUUAGAUUUAAGACUUUAUUGAGCCAAACUGAGUUUCGCUUGUUUAGUAACGAAUUCGAG